UCUUUCUCUGGUUGAAAUAUGACAGAUGGAAAAUACAAUUAUCUGUAGUCCAGUUGAGAGUACAUUGUAAGUUCCCACGGAAAAAACUGAAAUUAAAGGCAAAAUGAAAAUUUGGACAAGUGAACACACAUUUAAUCAUCCGUGGGAAACUGUAGCUACUGCUGCUUGGAGAAAAUAUCCCAAUCCGCAUAAUCCUGCUGUGAUAGGUACCGACGUCGUAGAACGGAAGGUGGUCGAUGGAAUUUUACAUACUCAGAGACUUGUUAGUUCGAUGUGGUAUUUUCCAAAGUGGGCUCAAGCACUAAUAGGUUCAGCGAAUAUAUGUUAUGCUGCAGAGCAUUCCGAAGUCAAUCCAGAAUCACGUCAUAUGACACUGAAGACUGUUAAUCUCACUUUCUGUCGCCAUAUUGCAGUAAACGAAACAUUGAGGUAUUUGCCGCACCCUUCAGAUCCUAGUAAGACAUUAUUGAAACAGGAAGCAGUGGUUACAGUUCAAGGAGUACCACUUACAAAUUACAUGGAAGAUCUCCUCACCUCAAAAAUCUCGAGCAAUGCUGGGAAAGGUAGACAAGCAAUGGAAUGGGUAAUAACAAAAAUAAAUGAGGAAGUAAAAGAUCUCACAAGAAGUACAGAUGAGAUUUUGCACCAAACCAAAAAGUCUUUCGAUGAUUUAACAUCAAGUGCAAAAAAGUCAAUGGACGAUAUUUCUCAGAAAGCAAAGAAGAGCCUGGAUGACAUUCAGCAUCUAAAGAUAAAUAAUUUCACCGAUUGUUAAUGAUACCUAAUUUAAUUUAAAAAGUAUUAAAUAAAUUCAUUGAUUUGAAGUGGUUAAAUCAAACUAGUGAAAAUUUAUUUUAUUGGCAACUUUUACCAGAUAGCGCCAAGCUUACAUAGUUCAGGUUAUUUAUUUGUGAGAUUUUAAACAACACUUUGUUGAUUUGUUAUUGUUAACCAAGAACACUAAUUGUGAAUAGUACACUUAAGUUAUUUAUUUCACAUUCCUUAGCUGGAUUGCUUCUAGAGAUUUAUGAGUCAAAGCAGAAAAUAAAUUGCUGUUCCACACUGAAAA